AUGCAGAUUGCCGUAGAUAAGACAAGGUCAGUCACAUGGACUGUCAAAAUAAAUUGCUCCCUCUCUUUCUCACACACACAGUGCAGGGAGCGAGCAAAGCCAGCAGCCAAGCUGGCGUAUAGCCCGAAGCGAGCAACGGCGGAGCUCCGCCAUUCCAGCUCCAUCGGCAGUCGGGUGACGCCGUCCCCUACUGCCACCGUAACGGCCUCCUCCCCAUUGUCCCCCGACAAUAACCCAUCCGCCGCGGACGACGACGACGGCCGCGAUCGACACUCUCGAGAUCGCUCUCUACGGUCUUACCUCCAAUCUCUCCCCCCUCAUUCGACUUUCCCUAUCGACGAUCUACAUAGGCCCAACCCGUACAACUCCGAGAUCUCGCUUUUUGUACUUGUUGCAAUUGUACUUGCCGUCGUGAUUUCGAUCUCUUCUAUAUUCAAUAGAUUUAAUGCUCCAUAUUUGUGCAAAAAAGAUGGCAUAACUCUUGUCUGCCCUAAUGUAAAAGAGUCUUCAUCUCUAUGGGAGAACCCUUAUUCAGCUACUACAUCAUGGAAGCCUUGUUCUGCACGACACAAGAGCAUAAUUUCAGAUCUUCCAUCAGAGAAUGAAACAAAUGGCUAUAUUUUCAUACAUGCUGAGGGUGGUUUAAACCAGCAAAGAAUUGCCAUAUGUAAUGCUGUUGCUGUGGCCAAAAUUAUGAAUGCUACCCUCAUCUUGCCCGUGUUGAAGCAGGAUCAGAUUUGGAAGGACCAAACGAAAUUUCAAGACAUUUUUGAUGUAGAUCAUUUUAUUGACUACUUGAAAGAUGAUGUGCAAAUUGUUCGGGAUAUCCCAGAAUGGUUUACUGACAAAUCAGAGCUGUUCACUAGCAUAAGACGGACAGUCAAGAACAUUCCGAAAUAUGCUCCUGCUCAGUUCUACAUUGACAAUGUUUUGCCUCGAGUCAAGGAGAAGAAGAUAAUGUCAUUGAAACCUUUUGUUGAUCGACUGGGGUAUGAUAAUGUUCCUCCUGAAAUCAACAAGCUAAGGUGUAGGGUAAACUAUCAUGCUCUGAAAUUCCUUCCUGAGAUUGAGCAGAUGGCUGAUUCUCUUGUAUCAAGGAUGAGAAACCGAACUGGCAGUUCAAAUCCUUUCAUGGCUCUUCAUUUAAGGUUUGAGAAAGGUAUGGUGGGCCUAUCAUUUUGUGAUUUUGUCGGAACAAGGAUGGAGAAAGCUCUAAUGGCUUUAUACAGACAAAAAGAAUGGCCUCGGCGGUUCAAGGAUGGUUCCCAUCUUUGGGAUGUAGCUCUGCAGAAGCGGAAGGAAGGGCGUUGCCCGCUCGAGCCUGGUGAAGUGGCGGUGAUGCUUCGUGCUAUGGGCUAUCCUAAAGAAACUCCUAUAUAUGUUGCUUCUGGGCAGGUUUAUGGUGGACAGAACCGCAUGGCACCACUCCGGAACAUGUUCCCCAAUCUAGUCACAAAGGAGGAACUGUCAACCAAGUCAGAGUUGGAUGGAUUCAGGAAGCACGUAACGAGCUUGGCAGCUCUGGACUUCUUGGUCUGUUUGAAGUCUGAUGUCUUUGUGAUGACCCACGGAGGAAAUUUCGCUAAAUUGAUAAUCGGAUUUCGUAGGUACAUGGGUCAUCACCUUAAAUCAAUAAAACCCGACAAGGGUCUUAUGUCGAAAUCUUUAGGUGACCCGUACAUGGCCUGGGCCAACUUUGUGGAAGAUGUCAUCGUUACUCACCAGACACGAACUGGCUUACCUGAAGAAACUUUCCCCAACUAUGACAUUUGGGAGAACCCUUUGACCCCUUGCAUGUGUAGAGCUUGAUCGUGAUAGUUCUCAGUGUAGCUCAAACCACAGGAUAUUCGUUGAGAGCAUUUCCUUGAACAAACACAUCCAAGUGCAUCAAGAAAAUUUUCAAAUUUAAUUUUGCUUUCAACUCUUAGUGCAUGUUUGGUACGCAAUACUGAAGGAUAAAAUAAACAAGACUUUAACUACUUUGAUACUCUUGUGCCAAACAUGACAUUAAAGUUGAGUAAAACCAUACUGCACAAUUGAUGCUAACUUGGAAUUUAAGUGCCUUUAUAGAGAGAAGUCAAUGGAAUGUAAGUGUAUGUAACUGAGGGCUUUGAGGUUGGUAAGCCUGUUAGGAUCAAUAGAUGCGAUCUUCAACAAAAUGAUACACUAAUUUUGUAUGGGAAUACAAUUUUAUUUUUCUUUGUAUAAUUAUGAUUGCAUAAUAUAAAAUGCCAUGUUUGUUA